AUCCCCGCAAACUGUUUCAUCAGGUUUUCUCCCCCAACAAACAUUUUACAAAGAACAAUGGAGUUAGCUACCUCUUCUAUCUCAGGCGCGCAACUUAACUUCCUUUCUGCAAAGAGUCUCACAGCACCAAUGUUCCACUCUUUCAAGUAUCCUCAAUCAACCGGUUAUCUCAACUUUCACUCUCCGGUUCCCCGGCCGUUUUCCAAUGGCUUCAUUUGCCGAGGAAGCAGCUUCAGUUUCAUUAACAGAAUUAACUCUAGUUCUAAUUACAAUAAUAACAUUAUUAAUAAGAUAUACACAAGGUUGGAUUCUUGUUUGGUCAUACCUCCAUCUGGAAACAAGAAACCACGUGCAAUUAUCAAAUUCUUGGGCGGUGCUUUCCUCGGAGCUGUCCCUGAAGUUACUUACAGUUACUUGCUUGAGCUUUUGGCAAAGGAAGGAUUUUUAAUAAUAUCAGUGCCGUACAAUGUGACAUUUAAUCAUGAACAAGCUGCCAACCAAGUAUAUGAGAGGUUCAGUGCUUGUUUGGACAACUUUCUUGCUUUUGGAUUCCCAGAUGCUAAUCUCACUCCUGCUGAUCUUGUUAACCUUCCAAUUUUCUCUGUUGGUCACAGUAAUGGUGCUCUUCUUCAAGUACUCACAGGAAGUUAUUUCUCUGAGAAGAUACCAAAGGCUAAUGCCAUUAUCUCAUACAACAACAGGCCAGCAACAGAGGCGGUGCCAUACUUUGAGCAGUUCGGUCCUCUAGUUAGGCAGAUGAUGCCAAUGGUAAAAGCAUCUCCAGUGUAUUCAAUGGCUAGGAGUGCUUCAGAUGAUGCAUGGAAGAUGUUUAUUGACACAGCUGGAGCAAUGAUAGCAGACAAGGACCAGGAAGCCCUAGUUUCAUUCACCAAAUUUGUUGAUCAGUUGCCCUCGGUUUUUGGUCAGGUUGCGGAAGGGAUAUCAGAGUUCAGGCCAACACCUUCUGAGAACCGUGAACGUUGUAAGAACAAGUACAACAUCCAACACACACUACUGGUGAAGUUCAACUUUGAUGCAAUUGAUGAAACUGAUCUCCUUGAAGAGACGUUGAAACCUCGUGUGGAGUCUAUUGGUGGGACGCUGGAAAAGGUCCAACUAAGUGGUAAUCAUAUAACGCCAUGUGCACAGGAACCAAAAUGGCAAGUGGGCUAUGUGUACACUCCAGCAGAUGCUAUUGCUCAGGGACUUAAGACCCUUUCAUUGAAUGACACUAGAGUGCUCUCCAGAACAAUUAGUGAUUGGUUCAGACAAUUCGAAGACUAACUGCCAGAGUUCAAUAGACAGUUUGAUUCUCUUUAGGAACAGUUUAUUGAAAAAAGAAUGCAUAUAGAGUUAUAAGGAAUUAAAAAUUAGACACUUCUCUUUGUGUAGCUCAAGCUCGAUGGGCUUUCAUAAGUACCAAAAAAGAAAACAGAGGAAUUAAAAUUUAGACUAGACCUAAAUCAUAUAAAAAUAUAAAAUCGCUCUUAAGUGGUGUUGUCACAUUGAAUUCAGUUAUAUAGCUUGUGUAAAUGUUGUUUGUAAGUUUGUGUGUACUCAUGCUUGGUGAGUGCUUUCUUUUUGCUUGGUUAUCAACGUCAUAACAGCUACUUUUCUGGACUUUGCGAAGAUGAGUCUCAGAAUGUCUAUCAAUCAUUUCAACAAACUCGGUUUCUUCAUUACUUGGACAAUAUGCAUAAGUUGAAGAUUUCUCGUCAAUUGGUAUUUCUGCAAACAUUUUCUGGUGUGGUUCUUCCAAGACUGCUUCUAUAUGCUCUGCUAAAUGACUGAUGCUUUCUUAUCAAAUAAAUUUAGCCAUAUUUUGCCUGCUAGCUUUGACCAGUGUGUAUUUUUGCAAUUGAAAUUGCCUUACCCAUGAAUUACAGCCCCUUUGAGUAAUACACAUUUACUACACCUAGGUGCAUUGCAAAACCUCCCAAGUUUUAUAUGGUAGGCUAAAUCCUUCCUUCUUACAAGUAUUUUUUAAGGGGUGGCGGGAGUAGCAAACACCCUUCAAAUGGGAUGGAACUUGGUGAACAGAUUCUUGUUUGAUUUCAGUUGUUAAAGAGUUAGUAUCAGCCAGGUGUAGAUCCACGUAAUUUAUCUAGAUUCCCGCUGGCCGCUGGAGGAGUUGCUAAAUAACAAAGAGACAAGCGACAGGCUACAAUUUAAGACCACCUCGCAACAAAAAUUGCCCUCUUGGUUAAGGAAAGGGAGAAAUGGAAGUAGACGAAUAAAGAAGUGCCACCUUGUAGAAAAUUUUGAUCAGUACUGUAAUUUCUCUUUGGUGGCAUUUAUGAAAUAAC